ACUUUAUUUGACACUUAGGACAAACUUGGUGUCGGUCGUUUUUAUGUAUGUUUCCUAAUAAAGACAUAACUUAAGACUUAUGUAACCUCUGCUGCUUAGUGCAGUUAACGCCGAUGACUCGACACGUCAAAAUGUCAAGUGUUAAAACUAAACCUGUCGCGUAUUGCCUUAUUUGGUCGUCAUGCUCACCUGUAAACCACGCCCAUCUCCGGAUCAUGCUCCGCCUGAUGAAAAUAAAUACAAACCAACAGCAUCAGUGUGCAACAGGACUUCAACAGAAGAAUACAGUGCUAGGCUGACAGCUGACUCACAAUGAUUGACCUCCCAUCUCUGUCUGUGACCUGGACCCUGGUGCUUCUGGUCCUAACACUCCUGUAUAUUUACGGUGUUUGGCCACAUGGAUUUUUUAAGAAACUGGGAAUCCCAGGACCAAGGCCUUGGCCUUUCUUUGGCACAUUUCUCUCAUACACUAAAGAUCUAUGAUGGAAGGCUCCCAAUAUUAAUGGUCACUGACCUGGAAAUGAUCAAGGCGAUUAUGGUGAAAGAAUGUUAUUCUACCUUCACUAACAGAAGGGAAACAAAUGCAGACCUUGCUGGCCCCUUUGCUGAUGGAAUAACUGUAGUUAAAGAUGAGAGAUGGAAGAGAAUCCGCAGUUCACUCUCUCCAUAUUUCACAAGUGGUCGACUGAAAGAGAUAUUUCCCAUAGCUGUGACACACGCAGAUCGUUUUAUUAAAAAUAUGCAAAAGAAAGUCAACGACCAGCCAGUUAAAGUGAAAGAAGUUGUGGCUCCGUACAGUUUGGAUGUGGUCACCAGCUCCUCCUUUAGCGUUGACAUCGACUCCAUAAACAACGCAGAUGAUCCUUUCGUUACCAACAUCAAGACGUUUUUCAAGUUCAGUCUGUUCAAUCCUCUGAUUCUGAUUUUAACUUUAUUUCCCUCCAUUGCAAAUCUUUUGGGAAAAAUGGGGAUAAGUCUUUUUUCAAGGUCGUCCAUGAAAUAUUUCUAUAAUGUCCUGAAAAAGAUUAAGAACGAGCACAACAAGGAAUCAAACGGUCGGGUAGACUUUCUCAAACUCAUGAUCCAGAAUCAAAUACCUGAUGAAAAAUUUGAGGACACCGAUGAGCAACCGGCAAAAGGACUAACAGACCACGAGAUUCUCUCCCAGUCCCUUGUUUUCAUUCUCGGAGGUUAUGAGACGACAAGCACCACUCUCACUUACCUCCUCUAUAAUCUUGCCACUAAUCCAGACUGCCUGGAAAAGCUGGUUGAGGAGAUUGACACAAACUUCCCUCUUGAUACUCCCAUCACAUAUGAUGCAUUGAUGAAAAUGGAUUACUUAGAAAUGGCCAUCAACGAAUCAAUGCGUCUCCUUCCCACUGCACCACGCUUAGAAAGGGUCUGUAAGAAGACCGUAGAGCUCAAUGGGGUGACCAUACCAAAGGACACUCUGGUUGGAAUUCCUACAUAUGUUUUGAAUCAUGAUCCGCAACUCUGGGAGUCUCCUGAUGAGUUCAGACCAGAGAGAUUCAGCCCAGAAAGUAAGUCAGAGAUUAACCAGUACAUUUUCAUGCCUUUUGGACUCGGGCCUCGAAAUUGCAUUGGAAUGAGAUUCGCCUUAAUGAUCGUGAAACUUCUUGUUGUGAAGCUGCUUCAGAACUUCAGUAUGGAAACAUGUAAAGAGACACAGAUCCCUUUAGAGCUGAAUGCUAUGUUUCAGCCGAAGGUUCCCAUCACACUGACGUUCAUACCAAGAUCUCACAAGGCAAAAGAAUAAUUAAAAUGCAGAACAUUUCAAUAUAAUUGAUUUUAUUUUAUACCAUGUUAUAUGGCAUUAACAAAAUUACUCAAAAUUAUAUUAUGAUUAUAUGUUAUUUAUAAUAUACACACGAUUAUGCCCUUUACAUCAUUUUUGGAGCCUUGAGCUCUUCUGGAUUCAUUCAUUUUUGUGUCAUUUACUUUACAGUGUUAUGAAUGUAAAAAUGCAUUAUUAAAAGUGUAUAAUUGUUUAAUUACAGAACAAGCAAUGAAUGCAAAUGUGUAGUGGUAAUAUUGUAACUGCAUGUGCUAGACAGGAUUAUGUGCUUUAAUAACCAACUUGAAUUAAUUUUUGUUGGAAACAGACAUCAUCAUAUCAGAAAUGUAAAAUAUCAAAGUUUGUUUGCAUCUGCAAUAAUAAAGUAAAUCAUUUUAAAGUAAAACAAUUCCGAAACAAACAUUUGAUGAAACAGCCAAAUGUAACAUACAGAGAGACAUUAGAAAUCAGCUUCCGAAACAACUGCUAGGGAACUCUCCUCUGUGACAGGCUUAUCAUUUGUAACAUUAUUUGUAAACAAUUGUUGUGGACUUUUAGAGAUAUUCCUUCAUUUUAAAUUACUUUUAGUAGCAAUGCCAGAAGAUCAAAAUAUCUACAGGAUUUAAUACAUGUGUGAUGUUGAAAAUAUAGUUAGUCUGUCAACAUUGUAAGACUGAUUUUCUGUCUCACGCUGAUGACUGUUACAAAGGGGUGAUAUUAAGCAACGCCCACAACCAAACGUAUCAGUAAAUGUGAUUGGUAUGUUUUAAACAGACAGCUGAAACAACCAAUAACAUUGCCUACAUACACCUGUAGCGCCCUCUGCACAUACUUGCAAUUCACCAGAGAGAAUUGCAUCAGUUGAGAGAGUUUUCUCAUCAAUACUGAAGACUUGAUUUGUUUAAUACAAAACACUCAUAUCCAAACUAUGGCAGCAUUG